AUCUUACGGUUUGUGUAAAUGCAGAGAUAAAUUUUGUUUAAAUAAAAUGAAAGAGUACACAACGAAACAUUUGAUCGUAACGCGUCUAGCGUUUAAUAUGUCUCAGUAGUUCGUUAAGCAUUAUAAGAACCGCUUUUAUUAAUAUUACAUCCUAUUACUGUUCAUAUUUGAAAUAUUUUUGGUAGAAUUAAACAAAAUAGUUUAAAAUGGAUUCUGUGUUUGACCAGGCGCUCACGGAAAUAGGUCAAGAUGGUAGAUUUCAAAAAAAGUUUGAUAUUAUUUACAACGUAAUUUUCGCGAUAUUAUGGCCAAUGGCUUACAUGAACUUAAUAUUGGCUUUAGUGGUGGUUCCUCAUAUGUGUCAGGUUCCAGGAAAACCCGAUAAUGUUAGUGAAGUUUCUUGGAAAGAAAUUAAUAUUCCGCAGUAUACAAAUGCAGCCGGCGAUGUGAAGUUUGACAGUUGUUUAAUAUACAUCAAUAGAUCUACUAGUAACGAUACUAAAGCGUGUGAUAAAUAUGAAUACGAUAAAACUUGGUAUGAAGAAACAGUUCCAACAAAAAACAAUUGGGUGUGCGACAAAGAAUUAUAUGUUGCGAAUAUUUUUGCUGCGAGCAAGAUCGGAGAACUUGUUGGAUCUAUGGUUUUUGGAUGGUUUGGAGAUACUUUUGGACGGCGUCCUGCGUAUAUCACAUCCCUUGCAUUGCUUGUAAUGGGUCGAACUAUAUCACUGUUGGCGGGAUCGUCUUUCAUCUUCUUUGUGAUCGGAUGUGUGAUAGCCGUGUUCCCAUCAUGGUCUGCUGUCCAGAGCGUCACUGUUAUAUCCAUGGAGCUGUCUUCUGCGGAACGUCGUUCCACUACCGCGACGUUACGAUUCGCCAGUUGGAGUGUUGGCAUGGGACUUAUGGCAUUAUUUUUUUGGUGGUUAAGACAUUGGCAAACAUUUUUCAUUGCCACCACUAUUCUGCAGGUUCCCUUUCUUAUAUUUUCUUGGAAGAUGAUUGAAUCACCUCGAUGGCUAUGGAUUCAGGGACAUUCAAAACAAUGUGUUAAGUAUUUGAAGCAAAUAGCGAAAGAAAAUAAAAAAGAACUAUCAGAAGAAACAGAGAAUUCAAUAUUAACUGUAAAACCUGUACAAAAUAACGAAACUUUGGGAUACAUCGCUCUAUUUUCAGGGUGGACAUUAGCUAAAAAUACUACACUACAAUUAAUGUUCUGGGUUUGCAUAAGUGUGAACUAUACAGUUAUAAUGAUGAGUUCAGGAGACAAAUCCGAUGGGAAUCCUUUUCUCGAGUUCCUUUGGCAAGCAAUAGCCGAAGUACCUGGAUAUUUUAUAGCUGCGUGGCUCUCCGAUCGAAUUGGUCGUCGAAACACUGGCGUAUUGUCUUUUGCUGUUGGUGCUUGCAUGUGGAUCAUCCUGGCGUUGAGGGAAAGCAGUUCAAAUGCAAUAUUUCGGCACCCAUUGAUGGGCAGUGGUAUAGUGAUUAUAACCAGGUUGUCGGCAACGAUGGGUUAUUACAUAAUAAACAUAUUUAACUUCGAACUUUAUCCAACUUGCAUCCGACAAUCUGGAAUGUCUUUAGGGAAUUUGUUUUCCAGUGGAGGUUCUGCUUUAGCUCCUUACAUAUUCUAUUUGGGUCAUCGUGUUAAUUCGCAGCUGUCGUCUGUAAUAUUAACAGGUGUUUCAGUUAUCGGAGUUAUCAGCACCUUGUUAUUGCCUGAAACAUUAAAUAAAAAAUUGCCCGAAACAAUUGAAGAUGCUCAAGUAUUUGGAAAAAAUACUCAAACGUACACACCAGUACUAUUAAAAACUAGCGACGACGACCCGGUAGUUUCCUUGGAAAAAAAUUAAAUAAAAAAGACUUUAUCGUAUUUGAUAUUUUAUUAUUUUUAAUAAUCUAAGUUUUGACUGAGGAAAAGGUUCGGUUUAAAAAAUCUAUAGAGAUAAAUAGGAUUAAUUUAUGAACUGUAUAAAUUAUUGUAGAUCGACUAUGAAAAACAUAGUAAAAAAAUUAAAAUUUCUAGGGAACAAACCCUUAACAGAGUUUCUGUCUUAUACUUACACUGGCAC